CAGUCGUGAUUCCUUGCUACGCGACUUUCCUACAUGGAACGAAAGUCGUCAAUCGCAGGAUAAUGCAUUGUUGGAGUAGCUAGCUAGGCUUCCUUACAUCUACUACAUCUACACGCAUUGCUGCAUCCAGGUCAUAAGUCAGGCCGGAAGGAACGCUCGCGCUUCACCCUCCCACAACGAGGCGCAUUCGGUCUCCUCUUACCUGGACACCAUCAUGGAUCCAGAAACCCUAAUAGCAUUCCACUUCACAACACCCGCCCACAUCCGCUCCGUCGAGCUGCUAGGCUCUUGGGACAACUUCGCGCGCGCAUACCCCAUGCGCCACGACCGGCGGCGAGGUCCAGGCUUCUGGAGUGGGUGCUUCAAAUUCACCUCCAUUGUCUUCGACGGGCUGGAAUCCUCCUUCAACGCGAAACCUCGCUCCGGUGGGCUCAAGCAGGGCGGUACGUAUUGGUACUACUACCGGCUUGACUACGAUGUGGAGACGUACGAUGACGGGUUGGAGUGUACGGCGGGGUGUCCGUUGAUGCCCGGGCAGAUGAUGAAUGUGCUCGAGGUUCCCGUGGAGGUGGUGCAGCCGCCGAGUCGGUGUCGGAGUGCGGGGCAUGACGGUCUUGCUGCUGCGCUGCUGGGAGGGUUGCGAGGCGGGCAAAGGCAGACGCUGGACCCGAGCGACAAGUUCGUAAUGCUCGAGCCACCACCGGUGUCCAAGGUGCACAUGCGGUGUAUCUCUGACCUGGCGCUUGGUGGUCGGUUGGAGAAGCAGGCUGGAUCGAAGACGAACUCCGUGGGCCGCUCGGCGCAAUCGCCUCACGAUGGUGACGAGCUGCAGACUCGGCCUGGGAAACGGCGGCGCGCCGUUGGAAGAAGCUCUCGCCACAACACUGCAAGCCGCCGAAGCCAGAUCUCCGCGCUAUCGCAUACAUCGUCGUCAUUCCUGGACGUAUACGCCGAGAAAUGGGAAAUGCCAACUUCACGCCCAGUCUCCCGCGGAUCGGUGCUGGUGUCUCCAAUCACGGCUGAGGUUGAGGUUGAGGCAGUCCCACCACCACCGCCAACCAGACUUCCUCCCCUCCCGCCGCCUGCCCUCCUGCCUCCUCCUCCUCCUCCACCACUCGAUACCCCUCUACCAAGCCCGGUCUUCCGCUCCCCGACCUUCUCCGCCGAAACCAUCAGUUCCAAUGGCGCGUAUACCCCCUUCCGGCUCAGCGGCGGCGAGUAUGCCCCACAAUACUACCAUAGCAGCAGCUACUUCGACACUGACCCCGCAAAGCAGGUGGAGCACGUCACGCUCCGCUUGCAGGAUCUCGAAUUGCGGAAAAGUCCGGUGUCGUUGGUGCUGCCGCCGCCAUCGCCAUUGAGUGAUAGUCACCGGACGAACGAGGGAGAAGCAACCAAGUCUUCUGCGCCUCGGACUCGGUUAGAGACAUACAGUCUGCCGAGCUUCGCGCCACCGAGCGAUAUACCGCAUGUAGUCAACAGCGAGUCAAUGCUGCUCACGCCCGCGUUGGCACUCAGUCUGGAAACGGAAGCAAGCCGAGGCUCCAUGGUCGACGACAUUUUCGCCGAAUUGGGAUAUCUGGGGAGCAGCAUCAGCUAGCGAUCCCCUCGGCAGAAGGAGAUACCGCUUGUUCCGGGUCGAACACCCAAUGCUGCUGACUGCUAUCUAUGGUUGAAAGGUUCUUUUGGGGAGCGAAUGGCAGCGUGGUGUUGUAUGACGCGAUGUGUGUACCAGUUGAUCUAAGCGUUCUUGUACUCUCUGCUGUAUCUUGGCAAGCGUGGGCGCUGGGAGGGUGUAUCGUAUAUAUUUCAGUGCACACGGCGAGCGGCUUGCUUGGGGUCCACUGCGUUGACGUGUGAUGCUGAUUGUGUAUCUCCAACAGCUUGUGCUCUGCCAC